AUGGAGAAUUAUCUUCUCAUCGCAACUUUGAUUAGCGCAAGUCUUGUAUUCGGAUGCUAUGUACUUGUUCAGAUUGGAGAAACAUGCUCGAGCGACGUCAACGACUGUGGCACGGGGCUCCAGUGUCUGGAAUGCAACUCACAAAAUCGGUGUACACGAGUUCGAACUGCAAGUCCUAUCUCAAAAGUGAUGGAGCUUCCAUUUAAUCAGUACUCAUGGCUUACAACUCACAACUCUUUCGCUUCGAGGGUAGCGAAUUUGAGUCUAAACUCUCAAAUUUCGUCUGUCACGAACCAGGAAGACUCCAUUACAGAUCAGCUGCAUAAUGGUGUGAGAGGACUAAUGUUAGAUAUGCAUGAUUACCAUGGUGACAUUUGGUUGUGUCGCGGGCCGUGCACAAUAUUUACAGCCUUUCAACCUGCUAUUCAUGUUCUGAAAGAGAUCAAUGUAUUCCUGACACAACACCGAACUGAGAUCGUCACCGUUUUCAUCAAGGAUCAUGUAACAUCACGAAAUGGUAUCUACAAGCUGUUUAGUAAAGCUGGUUUGAGGAAAUUCUGGUUUCCGUUAUAUAAAAUGCCGAAAAAUGGUAGUGACUGGCUAACAGUCAAGAAAAUGAUAACUAUGAAUCAUAGACUAAUAGUGUUCACUUCAAAUGCAACAAAAGAGGCUUCUGAACACAUUGCCUAUGAGUGGAACUAUGUUGUAGAAAAUAAAUAUGGAAAUGACGGAAUGAGUAGAGGUCAUUGUUUAAAUAGAGCAGAAUCAUUUCCAAUGAACACGACAACGAAGUCACUAGUCCUAAUGAACUAUUACAGAAAUGUUCUAAGUUCUAAUGAAGCUUGUAGGGAUAACUCAUCGCCAUUGAUUCGCAAGAUGCAUAUAUGCUAUACAGCUGCUGGUAACCGAUGGCCUAACUAUAUUGCUGUUGAUUUUUACAAGAGAGGUGAUGGUGGGGGAGCCCCGGAGGCAUUAGAUGUGGCAAAUCGAAACUUGUUUGGGCCUUAA